UUACAGAGCAUGUUUGAAAGGCGACCGUAUGGUAUACCUGGUCAUUAAAGGGUUAAGGCUCUUACAAAAAUCUAUACCUAGUUGCUUCUUACUUGUAAAUUGGUAAUGUGCUCUAGUGGCCUGGGUAGUGGGUACAAAGGAUGUUCUGUAUGUGUAACAAUCGACAUGUGUUCUGUACAAUCAGUCUGAAGAUUUGAGAACCAGCCCAAAAUACCAUCUGAAUUAUGGAUUAUCCACCUGUGAGACGUGAUGAAUCAUUUGUUGAAGAGUUGCAUGGUGUAAAGGUGCCUGACCCCUACCGCUGGCUCGAGGAUGUGGACUCGGAAGAAACCAAGGCAUUUGUGGAGGCUCAGAAUGCCAUCACGGUUCCUUUCCUGGAAAAGUGCUCAGCCCGAGACAUCAUCAAGGAGAAACUCACAGCCAUGAAUGACCAUCCUAAAUACUCAUGUCCAUACAAACGAGGGAAAAGAUAUUUCUACUACAUGAAUAAAGGACUGGAAAACCAAAGUAUCCUGUACAUGCAAGACUCGCUGGAGGGGGAAGCCCAAGAGUACCUCAACCCCAACAAGCUCUCUGAAGAUGGCACCAUCUCCAUCGCUGGGUCGCGCUUCUCUGAAGAUGGCGAGACGCACGCAUACAUGCUCAGCAAGAGUGGCUCUGACUGGAAAACAGUGCAUUUGAAGAAUGUGAGCACCGGCGAAGACUAUCCAGAGGUCCUGGAAAAAGUCAAGUUCUCCGGGCUGGCGUGGACGCACGACAACAAGGGAAUCUUUUAUGGGUGCUAUCGAGACCAAGAGGGCAAGACGGACGGUUCAGAGACGACCAGCAACGAGAAUCAGAAGCUGUUCUACCACCGUGUGGGCACCUCACAGACUGAAGACGUUCUUGUUGUCGACUUCCCGGAAAAUCCCAAGUUCAGAAUAAGUGCCAGUGUAUCUGACUGCGGCAAGUACCUCAUCGUGAUGCCCAGGCAGGACUGUAAAGAUAACCUCAUUUAUUUUGCUGAGCUUCCCGACAACAUCACCGGCAAAAUCCAGCUUACGCCUGUUGUUGAUGAGCUCGAAGCGGAGUAUGAGUAUGUGAGCAACGACGGCAGCGUGUGCGUGUUCCGCACCAACAAAGACGCCCUCAACUACCAUCUCGUGAAGAUAGACCUUCUCGACGCCGCAAAGGACAAGUGGACCGUGCUGCUGCCGGAGAACAAGAAGGAUGUCUUGGACUGGGUGCAGCCCAUAGACAACGACAAGAUGCUCUGCUGCUACAUUCAGGACGUCAAAAGCGUGUUGCAACUGCGCUGGCUUGCCACUGGCGAUCUCAUCUGUAACCUUCCUCUUGAAAUUGGUACAAUUGAUGGCGUGUCAGGAGAACGAAAGCAAACUGAACUUUUCUACAAGUUUGCCUCUAAGCUUUCCCCCGGCAUCAUCUAUCAUCUCGACAUGACGGUGGAGCCUUAUAUUCCCAAGGUAUUCCGGGAGAUUAAGGUGAAGGGAUUGGAUACUUCCCUGUACGAGAUGCAACAGGUCUUCUACUCCAGUAAGGACGGCACCCGCAUCCCGAUGUUCCUCAUGCACAAGAAGGGCCUCGUAAAAGACGGCAGCAACCCUGCGCUUCUUUACGGCUAUGGCGGCUUUAACAUCAGCGUGCAGCCGUACUUCUCCUAUGGGCAGGUAUCAUUCAUGCAGCUGUUUGGAGGUGUGGUCGCCGUGCCUAACAUCAGAGGCGGCGGCGAGUACGGCGACGCAUGGCACAACGGAGGCCGGUUGCUCAAUAAACAAAACGUUUUUGAUGAUUUCCACGCGGCAGCUGAGUAUUUAGUGAAGGAAGGCUACACGAGCAGCCGACUCCUCACGUCUCAGGGUGGCAGCAAUGGUGGCUUACUGGUGGCCGCCUGCGCCAACCAGCGCCCAGAGCUCUAUGGGGCCGUGAUAUCUCAAGUUGGCGUGAUGGACUUGCUACGCUUCCACAAGUUCACCAUCGGCUACGCCUGGUGCUCCGACUACGGCAACCCCGAGGAAGAGAAGCACUUCCGGAAUCUCAUCAAGUUCUCGCCCUACCACAACGUCCGCGUACCAAGCAGCGGAGUGUUCCCGGCGACGCUACUGCUCACUGCGGAUCACGACGACCGUGUGGUGCCGCUUCAUUCUUUUAAGCUUAUCAGUGAACUGCAGCACAAACUGGGCAAGCAGCCCAAUCCUCUCCUCAUCAGAAUUGAUACCAAGGCCGGUCAUGGAGGCGGUAAACCUACCAUGAAAGUGAUCGAGGAAAGCACGGACAUUUUUUGCUUUGAGAUGAACUGCCUGCAGCUCAAGCUUGUCGAGUAACUGCUUCACCGUCGAAUUUUGCAAUAUAACUGCAUUGUAUGUUUUUACAAUAUUGAUAUUAAAUUCAAAGUGACCAA